UGUUCCGAUGGUGUUUUUGUGUAAAUUAUGUUAUUUAUCUCCUGAUCUUACCUCCUCUUGAAAUAAUACAGAAGUUUAAUUUUCAGAUAAUCCAACGUUUUCAACAUUUUCGUGUAAAUCUGUGGCAUGCAUGUCGUUGAGUACGGAAGGUAAUAUUUUGACCGCAGUAUUUUGCUUCUUAUGUGACAAAGGUUAGACUUAUGGCGACAGGAUUGAGCCUGAAUUUAGAACCAGCAAAAGGGACAAGCUCGUAUAAAGUGUCGCUGGGAAAUUCAUCGGUUAAGCCAAAGACUAAACCAGCGCCUUUAGAGAUGCCCCGAACACAGUCUUUCACAUCAACAGACAAAGAAAAGAACCCUCCCACCCCACGGUCCAAGAUUGGACAUCGUAGGGUGGACGAGACUGGAGAAACAACAUACAAAAAGACUCCAUCAUCAGCACUUAUGUCAGCUAUUCAAUUGGGGAUUGGAUAUACAGUUGGAAGGUUGUCAGCCAAACCAGAACGUGAUGUUCUUAUGCAAGAUUUUGCUGAAGUAGAGACUGUCACAUUUCCAAGUGAGGGAUCAAGAGAGACUCCAUCCCAUCGCUUUAGUGAUUUUAAAUUCAAAACGUAUUCUCCAGUCGCUUUUAGGUAUUUUCGUGAUCUAUUUGUAAUGAAUCCAGCUGAAUUUAUGAUGGCUCUGUGUAAUGAACCACUGGUGGAACUGGCCAAUUCAGGAGCAAGUGGUUCCUUAUUUUAUGUUACAAAUGACGAUGAAUUUAUUGUCAAGACCGUGCAACACAAGGAGGCUGAAUUUCUCCAGAAAUUGUUACCGGGCUACUAUUUAAAUUUGAAUCAGAACAAGAGAACUCUGUUGCCAAAGUUUUUUGGUUUGUACUGUUACCAGUGUGGAGGAAAGAACAUCAGAUUAGUAAUAAUGAACAACCUCUUACCUCUGGGAUACAAAAUACAUUUCAAAUAUGAUCUUAAGGGUUCAACCUAUAAAAGAAAAGCUUCAAAAGCCGAAAGAGCAAAGGAAACGCCAACAUUAAAAGACUUGGACUUCUUGAAUGAUCAUCCAGAGGGCCUUUUUCUUGAACCGGAAACUUACAAUGCUGUAAUGAGGACAAUCCAAAAGGAUUGUAGAGUGUUACAAAGUUUUAAGAUCAUGGAUUACAGUCUUCUUCUUGCAAUUCAUAAAGUAGAAGAGACUAGUGGUGGUGUACCAAGAUACAAGCGAUCUAACAGUGAGCCGGCAACUGACAGACCAAGCAUAGCGGAGACGCCAUCAGGGCAGCUUCCCUUCUCUCCUGAUGAGGAUACUAGAGCAGGCAGCCCAGAGGGUGGUCGAAUGCCUCUAACACGUGCACGGAGUCUGAAAGGAAGGGAAGGCUUCAGCUCAGCAUGGGAAGCAAUCACUGUAGGAGAUGAAACAGAGGAAAGACCGGUGGGAGGCAUUCCAGCUCGUAACGCCAAAGGCGAGCGGUUACUUUUGUUUAUGGGAAUUAUAGAUAUCUUACAAAGUUACAGAAUAGUAAAGAAACUUGAACACGGUUGGAAAGCUCUUGUUCAUGAUGGGGACACUGUCUCUGUUCACAGACCGUCAUUUUACUGCACAAGAUUUCAAGAAUUCAUGUCUGCACACGUUUUCAAGAAAGCCACAGUCAAAACGUCUCCAAGAAAGCGUAAUGUAGGAAGUUCAGUAAAUCGUGUGCGAUCAAUGACAGAACAGGACCGAAAUCAACGAGAAAGAACACUUACCGGUGAUAGUAUGACGUCUGACAAAGGACGAUCGAGAUCAUUUACGGAAGCUGAUAAAAAUAUUGAAGGAAGUAGCCUCAAAAAGAUCAUGGUUACUGCACACAGCAGCCACACGGCGGCGGCGCCUGACGAGACUGCUACAGCUGAGAAAAAAGUCGUCGUAGUUGAUCCUCACGAAAUUUCAUUAACAGAAGCGGAGGAAUCGAACUUUUCCGAGUCUCAAACAGCAUCUGCAGUCACUCAGGAGACUGGGAGCGCUGCUCAAGGUUGUCUUCGACGCCAAGUUAGUUUCCAACUUCCAGAGGAAGUAGAGAACUUGGAAGAGCAAUGAGUGCAUAGUAACAGAUGAUUCAUCUUGCUACCUGCAGAUAUGGAAGGGCUUGACAAGGCUGAAAAUUUCCUUUUUUGCAUCCAUUAAAAUCGACCACUAUGAACAUCAUCGUGUGACAAAUAAUUGGUCUUCUUUACAAUCUUGAAAUCCCCUCCUUGCUCUAUACACGCGGAAGGUUACUCAAUAGAUCAGUUUUCUUUUAGCCAGUGAUAGUAUUUUCCUUUCCAGCUUAUAAAUAAAUACAAAAGCAGUCGAACUUGAAAAAUAUUGCAGCUGGUAGGUGCUUUGGACAGAGAUUGAACCGAAAUUUUCGGCCAAUUGCGAUUACAAAAACGUUUUACUGACAAGACUCCACGUACAAAGACGAUAGUAAAAGCUCGAUCACAUGGCAACGAUACAUCAUGUACAGCAGUAAUUUGUAAAGAGGGUGGUCGACGGGUUUCCUUUUUCCUUUUGAAUCAUGAGGACGUUUUAUUGCGGUUAGCUAGUUAUAGAGAUCGAUUGUUGUUAAAAAAUAGAGUUUUUAAAUGAUGAAAAUCAAUGUUAUGUCUCCAGGUGGGACGCUGUAAACUUGUAUUGAAACAAUAACCUUGGGUUAAUUUGAAAAUAAUUGUUUCAUCUAAAAACAUCAGAGUUGUUAGUAGUGAUAAAUGACAUCAUAUUCCAAGACAGUAUAAACACGGUUUACACUAUGUUCCAAGUAGCAAAAUGCUUUUUGACACUUGUUGUUUUUUUGUUUCAAACACUCGCGACAUGGCGACACAGGGGACAAUCAAAGAUAAAAUUUCUGAGCCACGGAUAGCCUGGAGCUAAGACGGGUGAUUUUUCACACUUAGUCAGCUGUAAGAUCUUCUAACAAUAAACUGCAAAACUGAACA